AUGAGUCGACACAGUUAUGACAAAAACAAUAUUUUUUAAGGCUUUGAGUAGCCUAAUAGGAAUGAUAUUUAUGAUAAUUUAAACCAAAAAUAAUAAGAAAAUCUAGGUUUAAUUUAUGCUACCACCUAAAAAAGAGCAAAAAGGUAUUAAGAAAGCAGGACAAAAACGUUGAGCAAUAGCUCUGAAAAUUAGGAAUUCAGAGGGAAUAUUUAAAACAAAGAUCAUAAUAAUUAAGAAAAAUAAGAACUAAUAUAUUUUGAUUCAGAUAAUUUUAUAUCUGCAUCAAAAAAUUAAAAGGAUUAGCAAUAGUAAAUGAAUGGAUGGAAUAAUAGCAAUAAUUAGCAAGAAGGUGGAAGUGGCUAGAAAGGCAGGAGAUCAAAUACCAAAUCAAAUACUCCAAAUAUUAGGAGUGAGAGACGAUAAAGCAAGAUUAUUCAAGGAUUCAGUGAUGUUUAGGCACUGAUGAGUUUAGCAUAAAACAACCCAUCUUCUCACAACAAUUCAGCUUAAAAAGAUAUAAAUUAGUCCUUUAACUAAGCAGGAAAAUAUUAACAAAGUAAUAAGCAUAGAGGGUCUAGUUAGAAUGGACAUAAUGAAAGAUAAACCAAUAAAAACAAAGAUUAAGGCAAUUAAGAUCUUUUAGCUAGGCCAUAUGAAUUGAUAGAAAUUAGAGAUUAAUAGCUGAUUUUAAAUGAAGAUUUGUUAUAAGAAAUUUUAAUAAAAUAUGAAGGUAAUAUAAAUAUAAUCUCUGUGAUUGGCUUGCCAGGAAAAGGGAAGAGCUAGUUUCUAAAUAAAUUUCUCUCUAGUAAAUAAACUAAAAAAUUUUAUGAAAGAGAUGGAGGAGAUCAAGGGACUGAAGGAGCUGUUUUAUGGGGUUAGCCUAUUUAUAAUCCCGUUUCAAACACUCACACUUUUUUAAUCGAUGUAUAGGGUAUAGAUACAUUCGAAGAAGUUAAUUUAAAACUUUAGCUUUUUAUAAUGCUUAUGAGUGACUAAAUAAUAUUUUAUUCAAAUUCUGACCUAAGACAUGUCAUUUAUGAUGAGAUGAGCUUUUUGAUCGAAUUUGAAAACAAAUUAAAUUUUCCAAUUACUGAUUUAAAUAUCAGCGAUUACAUGCCUGAAUUAUACAUUAUAGCUAAAGAAUAGAAUUUUAAUAGUGAAAUGGACCUCUUAUUAACAUCAGAAUUAUAAAAUUUUGUUAAUGAUACUGAUAAACUUAUCUUUGAGGGAGAUGUAGUAAUAGAAUAAAUUCUUCACUUCAUAAAAGCAAACUCUAAUCAUCAGCUUCUUAAAAUUAAAAAUAUAUUGAACUCAGCUUUUAGGGAUAAAAAAUGCUUUUUAUAAAAAUUUGGUUUAGAUGAUUCAAUAGAAUCUAUAGAUUAAGCUUAGUUUUUUUCUGUGCCUGAUAGAGAAUCAAGUGCAAAAAAAUCAAUGGUCCCAAUUAGUAAUAAUCAAAUAAGUAAUUUCAAUUAAAAAAUCUCAGUUUCGAGAGUUACUCCGAGCUUUUAAUUGUUGAAUUCAUAAAUGAGUUAAAAUAUUUAAGGAAUAAAUACAAUGUAAAGCCAAUUUGGAUAGUAAGUAACAAAUAUUUAAGGACUUAAUACUAUUCCAAGCUAAUUAGGACAAAAAACUAGCUUUUAAGGAUUAAAUACAAUUCAAAGCUAAAUAGGAUAAAUAAAUAAUAUUUAAGGAUAAAAUACAAUUCAGAAUUAAUUAACAUAAAUAACUAAAGGAUAAACACAAAAAAAUUCUAUUUAUUUAAAUACAUCAUAAUUUAAUAAUAUUGGUAAAUUUUAAUAAACUUCAUUUACCAAUUUAAAAGCUAGCAAUACAAAUGUUUAAUCGGUUUUGCCAAGUAUAUCAAACUUAAAUAUUAAUAAAAUGGUAGAUUAAUUGAACUAAAUUAAAACAGAUGUUGAAUUCUUAAGAAAAAUAAUUAAUCUUCCUUAAAAAUAUAAAAAAUUUAAGAAUAUUCCAAUAAAUUCAUACACAUUCUGCAAGUAUUUAAGCUUGUUAAUAGAGCAAAUUAAUUAAGGAAAAUAAUAAUAUUUUGAACCUAGGACAAUUGUUUCCUAAUCAGUAAAUUACGAAUUUUAAAGAGUCUUAUAAAUCCUUGAAAAGGAUCAUUAAGAAAGAAUAUAAUAUUUAGUAAAUUUUGAUAACUUCUCAUCGAUGUAGAAGCUCAUGCAAAGUUUGUUCUCUAUAAGAAAUUCUAUCAUAGAGCAAUUUAAUGCAAGUAUGCAUAGAUUUGUAUCAGACAGUUAUUUUAAAGAAAUAUAUUAAAUAUAUUUUUAAAAUCUCAAAAAAACUCUUGAUUUUAGAGAAGAGCAAGUUUUUAAGCUAUUCUAAAAUAUUUCUUACGGUAUUAAUGAAAAGUGGAGAAUAAAUAGACUAGAAGAGCUGGAUCAGCAGCUGCAAGAGAAAUCAAAGCUGGUUAAUACAUUAGAAAAUAAUAAUUAGUACAUAAAAAUUUAAUAGGACUUCAAAGAUCUCAUUUAAAUGUAUUGCAAAGAUAUUUUAUAAUAAAACAAUGAUAUAGAUGGUCUUUCUAAGGUAUUUAUAUUUUAAAAAUUUUGUGUCUAAGACUUAGGAAGAUACUUCUAAAUGUUUGCUAACUUGUACGAUAAAUCCUAUUAAGAAAAGCAGCUGUAAAUAAUUGAAAAAGAUUCCCAUAAAAAAUUGUUUGAAAUAUUCUUUAAAAGAUUCGAAAUUAUCAAAUAAAAAACCAAAUUGUUAGAUGAUGUACUUAAGAAUCUUGAGAAGGAAAACGAAAAUUAAAGAGAAUUAGUAAAAGCGCUUGAUGAUAAGUUUAUUAAAUCCUAUGAGAAAGAUAAAGCGAUUAACGACAGAAAAACAGCAUUGUAUCAGAAACUUCUUGAAAAAGAAGAUUAAUUAAAAAUUAUAACAAAGAAGAAAAAUAGAAUUAGGACAGACUCUUUCAGUAAAAGCUAAAAUAUUUUUUCAUCAAGAACUAUCACAGAAAUGAAAAACCAAGACACCACAAAUGCAUAAAAAUUAAAUAUUUCAAAUUUAGAUUAAAAUAAUACAUUAAAAUCAACUUAUGAAAAGUAAGAAAGCUAAACGUUUAUACGUGUUGUAAAUAAACUAUAAUCUAAUUGGCUCAUCAAUCUUUUCAGAAAUGUUUGCAAUCAAUUUGUAAUAAUUCAUUUCUGA